AUGAGCGUCUUCCAUCGAGCUCGGACCAUCAGCCGGCCCUGAUUGGACACGUUUCCUCCGGACGGCUGGAGUGGAGGGGGUCGCCAUGGAGGCGGUUGUGAUUGUGGCCAUCGGGGUGUUGGCCACCAUUUUCCUGGCCUCCUUCGUGGCUCUGGUGAUGGUGUGCAGACAUCGUUACUGCCGGGCUCACGACCUGCUGCACCACUUCGACUGCAAACCCACAGUGGAUCUGAUCGGAGCCAUGGAAACUCAGAGCGAGCCGUCGGAGCUGGAGCUGGACGACGUGGUCAUCACCAACCCUCACAUCGAGGCCAUCCUGGAGAACGAGGACUGGAUCGAGGACGCUUCCGGCCUGGUGUCUCACUGCAUCUCGAUACUAAAGAUCUGCCACACAUUGACUGAAAAGCUGGUGGCGAUGACGAUGGGCUCGGAGGCGAAGGUCAAAGCACCCGCCAGCUUGAGUGACAUCAUCACCGUGGCCAAGCGCAUCAGCCCACGAGUGGACGAUGUGGUCCGAUCCAUGUACCCACCUCUGGACCCAAUUCUGCUGGACGCCAGAGCUACAGCGCUCCUCCUCUCCGUCAGCCACCUGGUGCUGGUGACCCGUAACGCCUGCCACAUGUCGGGCAGCAUGGACUGGAUCGACCAGUCGCUCCACGCCGCUGAGGAUCACAUGGUGGUUUUACGCGAGGCCGCGAUGGCUUCCGAGCCGGAACGCAACCUGCUCGGAUUUGAUGCACAAAGAGAACAGUCCAUCUAAAGCGCCGGAACAAAUACAGAUUCUGCUCUCAGCAGAUUAUCUGUUGAAAAGACAAAAUCCAGAAUAAUUAUUGUUCUGCGCAGAGCGGUCGAUGCAGCAUUUUCUCUUUUUUUAUACACCUCGCAAGAAACACAUAGCAGCCCUGCAGAAAACACCAGAGAAAAACAGUUUCUUCAGUGUGCCAUCAUCCAGCGGUGGGCCCUAAAUCCAGUCUGACCAGCCCUGCAGAGUCACAUGAAGGCUUAGUCAGCUAAUCCAUUAGCCAGUGAAGCUGAAGGAGCUCCAACAAAGUGGACUAUUGUUAAAAAAGGCUUGACUGGUUCCAGAUAUGUGGGUCAGUCUGACAUCUGUGGAUGUGACAAGAAAUAAAACGUCCCUCAGAAACUUUGAUGCUGACAGAAACCUGAA